ACCAUCUUUCACAUGCUGCACGCCGGUAUAGUUCCAUACAAUCGAAUUAGGGAAUCGUAGAAGACUUGCUUUGAGAGAUCACUUGUUACUUCAUCGUAUACACAAUUGUCGAAAUCAAGCCAUCAACAUGCUGUCCAUUCAACCUUCCAAACCUCAAAAAUGCACACCAAACCUACUCCCCGCGCGGAUAAACCACAAUGGCCCUAUAAACGACGCCGAACGAUACUGGAAGCCUGAAACAGAUGACAAAGGAAAGCAACAUGCAUACUUCCGCGGUCGACACCUCCACGGCACCACGCUACCUCUCCCCCAGAACUACACCGGCGCUAUCUUACAUGUCACCGAUAAGCAAUUACCGCAAACGCGAACACAACCGCAACAGCCCGUAGACGACGAGGAAGAAGAUGCUGAGGUGGAGGAGAGCAUACCCGUCGAAGUCAAGGUUGCGGAACAAGUAGGCGCGUUUGGCGAGGUCAUAAUAUGGGGUCAUGGCGGUGAGGUGGAUGGGAGUGGGGAUGCGUUCGUUAGAGGAAUGAACGAAUGGGUCGGGUUCGCAGAGAGCAUGCAUGUUGACGAAGAAGAACAAGAUGAGGGUAUGAAGCCGGAGAGUAAGAGCGUCUAGGAUAAUGUCGUGCAAUUGUAAAGGUGAUCUGGGAUCUGGAAGAUAG